GACGUCAAGCCGGACCCGGCUCUUCUGAAGCUGGAGGCGAUGCAAAAGGCCCGCCAUCGCCACUUCCGAUUCACACCCAGAACCGCUCGAAUCAGCUUCAUGUACAUUGCCGUUGUUCCCGCCAUCUUCGGAUGGGUCGCCUACAAGACAGACGGACUCUGGGAUUUCCGAGCGAAGCGAAAGGGCGAUACCAUCUACGAGAAAUAA